AUGCACAUGUUUAGCCAAAAGUAUAGGCUAGACAAGCAACCACCAGCAAGAAUGAACGAUGCACAAAGAUUCACGUGCGCCAUAUGCCUAGACAGUUACAAGACUCCAAGAAUCCUGCCCUGUUUUCAUACAUUUUGUGAAAUCUGUCUUGAAAAGUUCAUCCAACAGAAAGUAAGGAAUGAUUCCAUUUCAUGUCCAAUUUGUCGGACGAAUAUUCAAGUUCCUGCAAUUGGUGCCAAGGGUUUUUCUGUGAAUUUCUAUAUUCCUGAAAAUGACGCCCAAAAAGAAAAAGAUUUCUGUCCUAAGCAUAGCAAAGAAGAAAUCAGCUUAUUUUGUGCAGAUUGUGACCUAUUUGGUUGCUCGAAAUGUGAGUGUUCGCUUUUCCAUGCGACACAACAUAUAACUGAAUAUCGUAAAGAAUAUAAAACAACAUUGUUACAGUUGCAAAAAGAUGUUCAAGAGUACUACAGACCUAACGAUGAUAAACGAAAACGUCACAUGAACACUUUGGUACAUUCGUCUAAGAAGGCUAAGUUAGAUAUCGACAAGCAUGUCAAAGCAGUUGUACAGAAGUCCCAAGAUAUGAAAGAUGAAAUUGAUAGAAUCGUUAACCUCGAGAAUGACAAGUAUAAUUACAGAAUCCAAUACACUGGAAGUAAAAUAACCGAAUUAGAUGCUUAUUCUGCCAUGAUUUCAAACGCUUUGAAGACAGAUGCCUUGAUCAACACUUCACAUAUUCGAAAUUUCCUUGAGAAAAACGAAGUUUAUAGGGAAUUUACCUCUUAUUCAAAUCAAAAACUUUGUUUCACGCCAGAAGAGCGUUUACUUGGAGACUUAAGCAUGAGUCAGUCUAGAGUAUAUAAAAUUCCGAUCAUUCUGAGAGAAAAUUUUGUGGCGGAAAUUUUUGACGCAGUGGAGAAUAACAAAAAUAUAGACUGCUGUAUCAAGGUUGUAAAAGAGAAAAAGGAAGAAAAUGGAAAAGAAUACAUUACUAUUCAAUUAAUGCUAAAUGGUGAUGAUGGAUUUCUUGAUUCGCUCAAUGGUUCCAUAUCGUUAUCGAUAUUGAAUUCAAGCUAUAAAUCACUUUCCAAAACGGUAAAAGAGGAUGUGGACGAUUUUAAAACUCCCCAUGUUUUCGCUCAAAUAAUGCAAUGGUGGGAAUUAGACAGCCUGUGUUUUGCGGACGAUAGAGGGGUUAUUGUAGUUAAAGUGAAGAUAAUUAAUUCACAGAAUAUGAUAGAGUAA